UUUUUUGCUCAAUUGUUGGAUCCAAGAGAGAAACUAAAGGGGCUAGAAUUUACUCUUAACUGUUUGUUUGAGAACAAUUUGUGGGAGGUUCAAAGAAUCAUGAGAAAGGUGAAAUUAGAAUUUCAGGAACUCUUUGAUGAUUAUAGUUCAGUGUAUUCAACUCAUGAGGAAGGGUCAUCUAGUGUUGCUUCGGUAGUUGCCAGUUCAGUUAGCACGCCAUCUCAAGGGUUGAAAUCAAGAAUUCAAUCAAGGAAGAGACAGCAUUGGGACAACCCAAGUUGUGUUGAAGAAGCAAGAACAACGGAGUUAGAUAGGUACUUGACAGAUGUGAUGAUGGAUGGAAAAAUGCGUGAAGUAGAUCAAGAUGAUGACUUUGACAUAUUGGCUUGGUGGCAGGCUAAUGCAAACAGGUAUAAGGUACUGUCCUACAUUGCAAGAGAUAUAUUAGCCUUGCCUGUGUCUUCAGUAUCCUCUGAAUCAGCUUUUAGCACCGGAAAGCGCGUGCUUACUCCAUGGAGAGCUUCUAUGUCUACAAAGACAGUUGAGGCAUUGCUCUGUACACAAAGUUAUUUACAAAAACCCAUGGCUCUUGAUCUACUAUGUGAUUAUGUACCUGAUGAUGAUGGUGAAGAUGCGGCAGUCAUAAUUGAGAAUUUCCUAAAAGCUUGAAGUUUAUUUCUUGGCUCCUUGCUAAGAAAUGGAAGGCUAGGAUUGCAAAUUGCAAGUGCAGGCUUUGCAACCAUCCAUUUUCGUUUGCAAUGAUCACAUGAUUCACAUUUCAUUUCUUAUCGUUAUCGACUUGUCGUAGACAGACUUAUAGUUGUGGAAAUGUUGUUUUUUACUUUUUAGCAAACUGAAAUUAUUUUGGAUUGUUGUUUUGAAGUUAUGGAAAUGUUGAACUUAAGUAUGUAUGCAACCUGAACUUAUUUUGGAUACAUUGAUCAUAUGGAAAUGUUGUAUAACUUA